GUCGCUCACUAGUAACCGUGAGUUUUUACCGCCUCGUCACGGCGGGCGGCCGGGGUCCUGUGCCCCGCAGACCGGCCCGCAGCCCCGCCCCGCUCCUGACCAAACAUGACAGACUGUGAACACGCAGGGCGCGGCAGAGAAGAUGGUGAAUUAGAAGAUGGUGAAAUAGAUGAUGCAGGAUUUGAAGAAACACAAGAACAGGAAACAAAAGAGGAUGAGAAGCAGAAAAAUGAGAAAGCCUACAGAAAAUCAAGGAAAAAACACAAGAAAGAAAGAGAGAAGAAAAAAUCCAAAAGGAGAAAACGUGAGAAACAUAAGCAUAAUUCUCCAUCUAGUGAUGACAAUUCAGACUACAGCCUUGAUUCAGAUGUCGAACAUGCAGAAAGUUCCCACAAAAAAAGAACUGGUUUCUACAGGGAUUAUGACAUCACAUUUUCUCAGCAUGGAUAUAUAUCCGGAAGCUACAUGACAUCAAGGAAGAGUCAACAUAACAAGAAAUAUAAAAGUAAAGAAUAUGGUGAGUACAGUACCUACAGUGAUGACAACUUCGGUAACUACAGUGAUGACAACUUCGGUAAUUACAGUCAGGAAAUGGAGGAAGAUUUUGCCAGUCAGCUGAAACAAUACAGACAAGCUAAAGAACCCUCCAGUAUUGCGUUAGGAUCAUCGUUUUCUAAAGAACCAGGGAAAAAACAAAGAAUGAAAGGAAUUCAGCAAGGUAUUGAACAGAGGGUUAAAACUUUUCAUGUUGGUCGUGGACGAGGUAUGCUGAAGAAAAUGAAGCGCAAAGACCGUGGGGGAAGAGCCAGUAAAGGGCCCCAUAUGUUUUCAGGAAUGGAUGACUUUCAAGAGUAUAAUAAACCAGGGAAAAAAUGGAAGGUAAUGACUCAGGAAUUUAUUAAUCAGCACACAGUGGAACACAAAGGAAAACAAAUCUGUAAAUACUUUCUGGAAGGGAGAUGUAUUAAGGGAGAUCAAUGUAAAUUUGAUCAUGAUGCAGAGUUGGAGAAGAAGAAAGAGAUCUGCAAAUUUUAUUUACAAGGAUAUUGUACUAAAGGGGAGAACUGCAUUUACAUGCAUAAUGAAUUUCCAUGCAAGUUCUAUCAUAGUGGAGCAAAAUGUUACCAAGGAGACAAGUGUAAAUUUUCACAUGAUGAUUUGACUAAAGAAACGAAGAAACUUUUGGACAAAGUAUUGAACACUGAAGAGGAGCCCACAAAUGAGGACGAAAGAGAGUUAGAAGAACUUAGGAAGCAUGGCAUAACCCCUCUUCCCAAACCCCCUCCGGGAGUGGGGCUCCUGCCAACUCCAGCAGAGCACUUUCCCUUUUCUGAUCCUGAAGAUGAUUUUCAGACAGAUCUCUCUGAUGAUUUCAAGAAAAUUCCAUCUCUUUUUGAAAUAGUUGUAAAACCUACUGUGGAUUUAGCACAUAAGAUUGGAAAGAAGCCACCAGCAUUUUAUAGCAGUGCCUCGCCACCAGGACCACAAUUUCAGGAAAGCAGCCCACAUCCUCAGCAUAUUUAUAGUUCUGGGUCAAGUCCAGGUCCUGGACCUAAUAUGUCUCAGGGACAUAAUAGUCCUGUGAUGCACCCAGGCUCCCCUGGACAUCAUCCAUGUGCAGGACCUCCUGGUCUACCAGUGCCACUGAGCCCACCUUUGCCGCCUGGUCCACAUGGAGUGGUAGGUUCCCACAGCCAAGCUGGAGUACUCGUUCAGCCAGAUGCAUCCUUGUCAGCACCAGGUAUGAGUGGUGCAUACCAUUGUCCAGGCUUUACAGAACACAUGAUAAAAGUACCCAGAGAAAAUCACUGUGCUCCAGGCUCAUCACACCUGCAUGGUUCUGAAAUGCAGCUCAACACCAGUUAUGAGUCCCUACAAAACCCAGCUGAGUUUUAUGAUAAUUACUAUUCACAUCAUGCUGUACCUAAUUUUCAGCCACCUAAUAACUCUAGCGAUGGGCUGUGGCAUGGUGAGUUUGCUCAGCAUCAGCCUCCCAUUCUUCAAGACUCCUCUCACCAUGGGAGUGGGUGUGAUGGCAGCAGUAACAUGACAGGCCAUGAUCCCCUGCCUGCACCAUGUCUCCUCCCUGCAGUGCAGAGAGCUCUUUUUGUUAGACUUACUCAGAAAUACCAAGAAGGUGAAGAACCAAGCAGCACCCAACCUCAGAGGGCACCCAGCAAGGAAGAAGAUGAUACUGUUAACUGGUAUUCCAGUAGCGAAGAGGAUGAAGGGAGCAGUGUCAAAGCAAUACUGAAAACAUUACAGAAACAAACAGAAACUUUAAGGAAUCAGCAACAGUCUUCCUUGGAACCUGGCACUCCUACUGAUCCAAGACUUGCUAAAGAGAAGAGUAAAGAAAACCAGGUUGUUGAUCCUCGACUUAGGACCAUCCCAAGGCAAGACAUUAGAAAAUCCGAGUCUACCACACAGGGUCUCAGACUUGUGUGGGAUCCCAGGAAACUAAGAGGGAAUGGAAGUGGGCACCUAGGCUCCUCAGCUGGAGCAGUCAAGUGUGAUUUACAUCAUGCACAUGCUGGCACUAAUGUCAAACACAAGAGAGGAGAUGAUGAGGAAGAGGACACAGAAAGAGAACUGAGAGAAAAAGCUUCCUUAAUACCUCUGGACUCUCCCCCUGGUGCAGUGCUCCAGGAUCCAAGGUCGCAGCUGAGACAGUUCAGUCACAUUAAAAUGGAUAUUACACUCACCAAGCCCAGCUUCGCAAAACACAUUGUUUGGGCUCCAGAAGACUUACUUCCAGUCCCUUUACCAAAACCUGACCCUGUAUCUUCAAUUACUUUACCUCUGCCCCCGCUUAUAGCUGACCAGAGGCUCAGUAGAUUAUGGAAUGCAAAAAGUGAUCUCCAUCAAAGCACAGUGCCCAUCGAUUCAAAAGUAGCAGCCAAAGCCAAAAUUAAUACAACAAACAGAGAAGGCUACCUGGAACAAUUUGGGGACUUGCACAGUUCAGCAAGUAAAUUAGGAGACCCCAGGCUGCAAAAAAAAUGUGAUCCUAGACUUCACAGACUGCACAGUGCAGCUUCUCAGCAAGCAGUUACGAAGGAUUCACAUGCAUCAAAGGGUGCCCCUCACUUAGCCAAGCCAAGCCCUGGUGUGUCACAGCCCUCCGUGGCAGUAACCAGCAACUCUGGGCCUGGGACUUUGCCUCCAUAUGCCCCUAAACUCUCAUCUUCAGCCAGCGUUCCACUGGGGACUCCAAGUUCAGUUCUCAGUGGUAUUAGUUUGUAUGACCCUAGGGAACAUGGUUCUUCAUCCACACCAGAGCGAGCAACAGAAAAUGCAGAGAACCAGAAAAAAGGUAGUGGUUUAAAAAGCGGUGACAAAAAUGAGCUUUCUCCUGGAGAAGAAAUCCUGCCACAGAAAACCAUCCCAAAUGUGGAAGUCACUGUUGAUGGGCCAGCUGACCCACAGGCGAAUGUUCUCCGGAGCUCCUGUGCAGUUCAGGUCCCCGCAGUGCAUAGUCUUCCCAUUCAGGCAUUAACAGGCUUAAUUAGACCCCAGUACAGUGAUCCAAGGCAGUCAAGGCAGAUGGGACAGCAGAGCCCCACCCCAGAUGAUGACCCCAGUGGAGAAACAGAUGACAAAUCUCUGAAAGAGGUUUUUAAAACUUUUGAUCCAACUGCUUCACCAUUUUGCUAGCUAUAAUUAGGCAAUUCUUUUCAGUCGUGACCAUUGCAGUCCUCUGCUGUUUUGUAACUGGUUUACCUCUAUAGUUUAUUUAUUUUUAAAUUAUAAACACUUUUCAGCUGCUAGUAUCAGAACCACAUGAAUUUAUAUCCUCUAAAGGCUGUGGUAUUUUAUAUAAUAUUUUUAUAAAUUUAAGAGACUGUAGCAAUUGACAUAGAAACUUAUUUAUCAUGUUAGUGUCGGUAAAAAUAGUUUUAUUGUAAAUAAACCAAUAUGAACUCAACACUCUGCCUGAAUAUAUGCCAGUUGUCUUUCAUAAUCAAUGUUUGGAUAAAUGAUUACCACUUUUAUAUGAUUUGUUUGUUUCAAGCAAUAUGAUGUACAUUACUUUUGGGAAACAGUAUUUUGACUAGGAUCCUCUGUAUUUGUCAACACAUAACGGAUUGAUAUGUAAUGCUAACUGCUAACAAAAAUGUAAAAUGAAGUAAAGAAAACAUUUUUUUAAUUACAAUUAGCAGAGCAGUUCAUGUUUUAGGGCAUCACUUUUAUUAGUGUGGACAAUAUUAUUUGUGUAAAUAAAGCAUUUGAAUGUCAUAUCUUUUAAAAGUAUUUUUAUUGUACCAUAGGAAUUAGAUAUAUAUAGAUUGUUUUGCUAAAGUGAAAAAUUCCCAAGUUCUCUGAUACAAUUUUUUAAAUUUAAUUUUUCAUAUUAAAUAGUUAUAAGUUACUGCUGUCACAUUGUGAUGUUUAUGUGUUUUAAUGUUUUUUGUCUUUAGCAGCAUAAUUUGUAUUACUUUUUCAAAUGAUAUAUCCACAAUAAUUGUAUUCAUCAUGACUUUGGCAAUUUUUAUAAAAUUUUAAAAGAUCCAGUGAGAGUCUGUAGUUAUUGCAUAUUUUCUCUUGAAUAGCAAGAAAACACAGAGAUGUUAUAGUCAACUGUGUGGCUACCAAUAAAGAAUUUUUCAGAUCUCA